AUGAUCCACGACGAUGAAAUAUGUGCCCUGCUGCUGGAAGAGGUUCAAGAGCGCUUCCCACUGUACGACUCGGCCAUUGAGUCUGUCGGCUCCUGGCGUGUUGUGAUGUGCAGCUUUACAGGCGGCGCCAAGGGCUUUGUGCCGUACCCGGUGGUUGAGCGCGACGAGUUCACGUCAAAGAGCCUUCGAGCCGUUGUGGAGGUCGUGGACGCGUUGCGGGGGCGAGGCUGCGCGGAGGUUUUCCUUGUUUUUGUCGACAGCGGUGGCACGCUUACGUUUUACCGUGCAAACACCCUGCGUGCUUGA